AUGUCGACCACCCAAGCCAAUGCAGUGCCGGACACGCAACUGGGGUUGAGCUAUGAAGAGAUACAGCUGUUGCGUCAAGGACAAGCGGCACUGGGUCAAGGAACUGGAGGAGGCGGUUCGAAUUCGUCACGGGCAGCAAGUCGCGCGUCAAGCCAAGGACUGCUGCUGCUGGACAGCACCUCAUUAGCAGCUCUAGGACGAUACUUUGACCGGGUCAUGAACCAGAUCGAACAACAGAUCAUCUACCUCAGUGAACAAAGCCAGAUGUUUACCAUGGCCCAAUUUGAUCGAGCUGGCAAUCUAAUCGAGGGUGCCGACGCCGAGAUCCAGCGGUAUCACGAGCUUCUCCGGCAACUCGACGAGUUGGAGCUCGACUUCGACCGAAUAAGGCAUAUCAAAGAGAUUGUACGAGGGUACAGAUCACGAGUUGAAGAGAUGGAGCGUGAAUUGGAACGGAGUGGCUCAUCUUCCCGGCAUAGAGAAGGACACCAUUCUCACCGGCAUGGCCACUCGCAUAGUCACCGGCAUGGGCACGAGAGUUCUCGUCGACACCGACACUGA